UUAUCUUUUAUCUCUUCUCUUUAGGGCUAUUGCAAAAGAAAAGCAUUCAUAGCUACUCAAGGUCCUCUACCCGAUACCACUGACGACUUCUGGCGUAUGGUCUGGGAGUACAAGUCCUCUACUAUCGUAAUGCUGGCUAAUGAGCGAGAGAGAGGAAAGGCAAUGUGCCAUAAGUACUGGCCUGAUUCUGGUACUCAGAUAUACGGAUUUUUUGAGAUUACACUUCACUCAAUAAGGGAAUACCCAGACUACAUACUCAGGGAACUCAAGAUAGUUGACAGCAGAGAUGCUGAAGGUAGUAGUCAACAUGUUAAGCAGUUCCAAUACGUCAGUUGGCCCAGCAAAGGUGUACCUGAUUCAGCCAUUGGUCUAUUGGAUGUGAGAGAACAAGUAGAAAAAUGGCAGAGGGACUCUGGUGACAAACCAAUAGUAGUACACUGCAGUGGUGGUUGUGGUAGAACUGGUACUUACAUAGCUAUGUGCCUCCUGAUCGAUCAACUCAAAGCCGAAGGACUUGUAGACGUCUUUCAAGUUGUACGCGGUCUCCGACUUCAGAGACCAGGGAUGGUCAGAUCAGUGGUAAGAAAUAUGUAAUACUAACUAUAAAUGAAUGUAAAGGAUGAAGCCAAGCUAGA